UGUCGAUCUGCCGACAUAAGCCGUGAGUGGAGAGGGAAAACGAGACACAAGUGAGGAAGUGUACGCUGACAACGACAAAGCGUCUGAAUUACAAAAUAAACUGAACAGUUAAAACAGCAGAAGCCCCAGAAGUCCUCUGACGACAUUUUUAAGUCUGAGCUGCCAUGUCGGCCAAAGCCAUCUCCGAACAGACAGGGAAGGAGUUCCUGUACAAGUACAUCUGUACAUCAGCAGCUGUCCAGAACCGCUUCCGCUAUGCCAACGUCACGCCUGAGACGGACUUUGACCGGCUGGCACAGGACCACCCCUGGCUGCUCACGGAGAGGUUGGUGGUGAAGCCAGAUCAGCUGAUCAAGAGGCGGGGCAAGCUGGGUCUGGUGGGUGUCAAUUUGGACCUGAAUGGCGUCAGAGACUGGCUGAAGACCCGACUCAUGAGAGAGACCGCAGUGGGAAAAGCUAAGGGUGUCCUGAAGAACUUCCUCAUUGAGCCGUUCGUUGCUCAUAAGCAGGAGGAGGAGUUCUACGUGUGCAUCUACGCCACCCGGGAGGGCGACUACGUGCUGUUCCACCAUGAGGGCGGCGUGGACGUGGGCGACGUGGACGCCAAGGCCCAGAAACUGCUGGUGGGCGUGGACGAGAAGAUCAGCGAGGACGCCGUGAAGAAACAGCUCCUGAGUCACGUCCCGGCCGACAGGAAAGCGGUUCUGGCCAGCUUUGUGGUUGGACUCUUCAACCUGUAUGAAGACUUGUACUUCACCUACCUGGAAAUCAACCCAGUGGUUGUCACCAAGGAUGGCGUGUUUGUGCUUGACAUGGCGGCCAAGAUCGACGCCACGGCUGACUACCUCUGUAAGGCCAAGUGGGGGGAUGUGGAGUUCCCCCCCCCCUUCGGCAGGGAGGCCUACCCCGAGGAGGCCUACAUCGCAGACCUGGACGCCAAGAGUGGGGCCAGUCUCAAACUCACCCUGCUCAACCCCCGUGGACGAAUCUGGACCAUGGUGGCAGGAGGAGGGGCUUCCGUUGUCUACAGUGACACCAUCUGUGACCUGGGCGGGGUGGACGAGCUGGCUAAUUACGGGGAGUACUCUGGAGCUCCGAGCGAACAGCAGACCUACGACUACGCCAAGACCAUCCUCUCCCUGAUGACCCGCGAGAAGCACCCCGACGGAAAGGUCCUGAUCAUUGGAGGAAGCAUCGCUAACUUCACCAAUGUGGCGGCCACGUUUAAGGGUAUUGUCAGAGCCAUUCGGGACUACCAAGGCCCGUUAAAGGAGCAUGAGGUCAUGAUUUUUGUCCGUCGUGGUGGACCCAAUUACCAAGAGGGCCUUAGAGUGAUGGGAGAAGUGGGUAAGACCACGGGCAUCCCCAUCCAUGUCUUCGGCACAGAGACUCACAUGACUGCCAUCGUCGGCAUGGCGUUGGGCCACCGACCAAUCCCCAACCAGCCUCCUGUUGCCGCCCACACUGCCAACUUCCUGCUCUCCAGCGGCAGCGCAUCCACGCCAGCUUCCAGCAGGACGGCCUCCUUCUCGGAGACCAAGCCUGGAUCUGGAGCCUCUCCUGCCAAGAAGCCCAAGCCAGGAGGCCCCCCAGAGAGAGAGACGUCGUCAGCCAGGACAGGAGUCAAGGUGACCACCCUCUUCAGCAAGCACACCAAGUCCAUCGUGUGGGGCAUGCAGACGCGGGCGGUGCAGGGCAUGCUGGACUUUGACUACGUCUGCUCCAGGGAGGAGCCGUCCGUGGCUGCCAUGGUUUACCCCUUUACUGGAGACCACAAGCAGAAGUUCUACUGGGGUCACAAGGAGAUCCUGGUGCCUGUGUACAAGAACAUGGGCGACGCCAUGAAGAAACACCCUGGGGUGGACGUGGUCAUCAGCUUCGCCUCGCUGCGCUCUGCCUUCGACAGCACCAUGGAAACCAUGCAAUACCCACAGAUCCACACCAUCGCCAUCAUAGCCGAGGGCAUCCCUGAAGCCCAGACCAGGAAGAUUAUUAAGGUGGCAGAUGAGAAGGGUGUCACUAUCAUUGGCCCGGCAACGGUGGGAGGGAUCAAGCCUGGGUGCUUCAAGAUCGGCAACACAGGAGGCAUGCUGGACAACAUCCUGGCCUCCAAGCUGUACCGGCCAGGCAGCGUGGCCUACGUGUCCCGCUCUGGAGGCAUGUCCAACGAGCUCAACAACAUCAUCUCCCGCACCACCGACGGUGUCUAUGAGGGGGUGGCCAUCGGUGGAGACAGAUACCCAGGCUCUGUGUUCACCGACCAUGUGCUGAGGUACCAGGACACCCCUGGGGUGAAGAUGAUUGUCAUGCUGGGAGAGAUCGGGGGCACAGAGGAGUACAAGAUCUGCCAGGGCAUCAAGCAGGGUCGCAUCACCAAGCCUGUGGUGUCCUGGUGUAUCGGGACCUGCGCCACCAUGUUCUCCUCGGAGGUCCAGUUUGGGCAUGCUGGUGCCUGUGCCAACCAGGCUUCGGAGACGGCGGUGGCAAAGAACCAAGCCCUGAAGGACGCUGGAGCCUUUGUACCCAAAAGCUUUGAUGAGCUGGGCGUACUCAUUGGGUCAGUGUACGAUGACCUUGUUGCCAAAGGAGUCAUCGUCCCAGCAACGGAGGUGCCUCCUCCCACGGUGCCAAUGGACUACUCCUGGGCACGGGAGCUGGGUCUGAUCCGUAAGCCGGCCUCCUUCAUGACCAGUAUCUGUGACGAGAGAGGCCAGGAGCUGAUCUACGCGGGCAUGCCCAUCACAGAGGUCUUCAAAUCAGAGAUGGGACUCGGGGGAACCUUGGGGCUGCUCUGGUUCCAGAGAAGGUUGCCCAGGUACGCCUGCCAGUUCAUUGAGAUGUGUCUGAUGGUCACGGCCGACCACGGACCGGCUGUGUCCGGUGCCCACAACACCAUCGUGUGUGCCCGCGCUGGGAAAGACCUCAUCUCCAGUCUCACGUCAGGUCUACUCACCAUCGGCGACCGCUUUGGAGGCGCUCUGGAUGCUGCUGCCAAGCAGUUUAGCAAGGCCUUCGACAGCGGGAUGCUGCCCAUGGAGUUUGUCAACAAGAUGAAGAAAGAGGGCAAACUGAUCAUGGGCAUUGGCCACAGGGUCAAAUCAAUCAACAACCCUGACAUGAGAGUCCAGAUCCUUAAGGACUUUGUGAAGCAGAACUUCCCUGCCACCCAGCUGCUAGACUAUGCCCUGGAUGUCGAGAAGAUCACCACCUCCAAGAAACCCAACCUGAUCCUGAAUGUGGACGGUUUCAUCGGCGUGGCCUUCGUCGAUCUGCUCAGGACUUGUGGUGGAUUCACACGGGAUGAGGCAGAUGAGUUUGUGGAGAUCGGGGCGCUGAACGGGAUCUUCGUCCUGGGUCGCAGCAUGGGAUUCAUCGGUCACUACCUGGACCAGAAGAGGCUGAAGCAGGGCCUGUAUCGUCACCCCUGGGAUGAUAUCUCCUAUGUGCUCCCAGAACACAUGUCCAUGUAACACCACCGACCGUGCCCCCUGUGCCCCCUAGCCCCCUGUGCCCCCUCUCUCUAGCCUUCAUCCUCUGCUCUGCUGCGUCCCUGCCUUUGUCACCCUCAUGCUGUGUGAGGAUUUGGGGAGAGGGUUCUUAGUCUAUCAUUAGUAGCAUAGAUGUUUUACUAUCAUUAGAAUACAUGCAUUUCAACAGUGGAAUUGACCAUAUUAACCGGGUGCCAUUUUAAUCUUUAAAAACAGCUAGCUAGUUCAUCGACAAUACUGUAACCUUGCCGAUAAUAACAAAGCUUGCAGAACUGUGAAGCUCUUUGACGGGUGGGUAAUAAUCUGAGACUGCUCGAGAUUUAAGGAUAAAGCUGUUGUAACAGGAGGCGAGGAAGACAGCUAAUUCACUGGUUGACACUAACCCUGCAGUCCUGGGGAGAUCAGGGAGAUCAUCCUCCUAAGAUGACCAGUUGGGAAACGUAGCCUCCCUAUUCUGGUACUCACUGCCACUACUACUCCCAUCGCUGCUGUCAACGUUAAUAUUCCCGUGAAAUAUUUGAAUAUGUGCCCCAUUCGUCAUAUCUCAGUUUACAAAGCAUGUGUCUGUGUAUCACAGACUAAUGUGUGUGUGUGUCUGUGCAGUUCUCUUGAGUGUGUCUGUCGGUGCCAUAUCAAAACCGUGAGCUUGCUAUUAGAGGUGAGCCAUAGUGCAAUAAUGUUAGCUAGUGCCUAAUAAUUUGGGUUACGUCAUUUAUUAAUGUAUAGAUGUUUUAACUGCAGAGUAAGUAAACGUUAUAAGAAUGUAAUAGAUCAUUGUCUUGAUAUACUGUACAUGCACAUCUGGUCACGUUGGUCGUUUGUGUUCCCUCAGACCAAGUAGUGUAGGAGAGUGCCCGCCCCAAAGGGCAACAGGGUUGUUUUCUCGUCCUUCUUUUCUUAGAAUUUCACUAAUCUGUAGGCCAGUUUGUUUUGAAGGGGGAUUUUUCUGUGUUCAUCUGUGUUGUCAUUCAUUUUUGAUGUCGUUGAAAAGCCAAUGUGAUGUACAACGUGCUUCUGUUAAAAUGUCAUAUAUUUUUCAGAGCUUUGUGAAGGAAUACAAUAAAGAUGAGUCAUUAGAUUA